CCAAACUCAAAAAUUUUCUUUUGAAAAAAUAACUCAAAGAAUGCAGCGUUAGGGUUUAUAUUCUCUACUAGAUCUGUGUGUGUGUUAUUAUGUCAAAAGCGAAAAGCAACGCAGCUUUAAUAACCGGAAAUUUCACCGAAGCCUCCAAACCACCCGGAAUGGAGAGUUCCCUACCUAAGGAAAGAAAGAAGAAAAGAAAGGCAAAAGCGGAAACCAAAGCCAAAGCGCACAGGGAAAGGGAAUCGAAAGAAAAGAAAGAGAAUGAAAGGGAUGUUAUUAAGAAACAGAAGAUGGAUCUCGACAGGAAAAUUGAGUUUUUAAAAAAAGAGCUUGUAUCUGACGCUUUUUUAUUAUCAAGGGCUUACAAAAGACAGGGGACUGCUUACGUUAUGAUGGCUGAAACAUCGAAAGACUACAAGCCCGCAAUCGAGGCGUUCCAAAAAGCGGGAACUGCACAUCGCAGGUCAGAUACCCCGUUUAUGCUUAAUAGAGCAAAGAGAGCAAUGGAGCAGCUUGCUGAAAAGGAGCAUUUCGGACACGUAUACACCAGAAAAAACAAGAAUUUAUCUGAGGCGGAAGUUAUGGCCAAUGACAAGGGAACACAAGCAUCAGAUUCUACUAACGGAAAAGGUCUCCGUGGGAAGUUGAACAAAGUUGUUUUAGCUUAUAGCGGUGGCUUAGAUACUUCGGUCAUCGUUCCUUGGCUAAGGGAGAAUUAUGGUUGUGAAGUUGUCUGCUUUACUGCUAACGUUGGUCAAGGGUUAUCAGAACUGGAAGGUCUUGAAGCAAAGGCCAAGGCAAGUGGAGCCUGUCAAUUAGUGGUUAAAGAUUUGACGGAGGAAUUUGUGAAAGACUAUGUAUACCCUUGUUUGCGAGCUGGUGCAGUCUAUGAGAGAAAGUACUUGUUAGGAACCUCUAUGGCCCGACCUGUGAUUGCAAAGGCCAUGGUGGAUGUGGCUAGAGAAGUUGGAGCAGAUGCUGUUGCCCAUGGAUGCACAGGAAAGGGAAAUGAUCAGGUGCGUUUUGAGCUCACAUUCUUUGCUCUUAAUCCUGAUCUCCAAGUUGUGGUUCCUUGGAGAGAAUGGGAUAUAACUGGAAGAGAAGAUGCAAUUGAAUAUGCCAAGAAACACAAUGUGCCCGUUCCAGUCACAAAGAAAUCGAUAUAUAGCAGAGACCGGAACCUAUGGCACCUCAGUCACGAGGGAGACAUUUUGGAAGAUCCAGCAAAUGAAGCCAAGAAAGGCAUGUACAUGAUGUCCGUUGACCCAGAGGAUGCACCUGAUAAACCCGAGUACCUUGAAAUAGGUAUAUCUUCCGGGAUUCCCGUAUCAAUUGAUGGUGUGGAUCUCUCCCCUGCAUCUCUUCUCUCCAAGCUCAACGACAUCGGAGGCCGACAUGGUAUUGGUCGAAUUGAUAUGGUGGAAAACCGUCUAGUCGGUAUGAAAAGCCGUGGGGUCUAUGAGACUCCUGGUGGAACUAUUCUAGCCGUCGCGUGCCGUGAACUUGAGUCUCUUACACUUGACCGAGAAGCGAUUCAGUUUAAAGACACCAUGGCCCUUAAAUACGCUGAGUUAGUCUAUGCAGGAAGGUGGUUUGACCCGCUCCGGGAAUCAAUGGAUGCAUUCAUGGAGAAUAUCACCAAAACGACCACCGGGUCAGUGAGGCUCAAACUGUACAAGGGGUCUGUCAUUGUUGCGAGCCGGAAGAGCCCAAAUAGUCUAUACAGGGAGGACAUUUCUUCUUUUGAAAGUGGACAGAUAUACAAUCAGGCGGAUGCUGCUGGAUUCAUAAGGUUGUAUGGGCUACCUAUGAGGGUCAGAGCGAUGCUUGAAAAAGAGCAGGCUAAAAAGUAAUUUGAAUAGCGAGUAGACCGUCCUAGUUACUGUUUGGCAUUUGGUCUUUUGCUGAAACUUUCAAGGGGUUAUGACCUGAUGUUUGCCUUGCAUAAAGUAAUAAACCAUAGAACUUUAGGUCCAUCCAGAAGUUUAGAUGCAUUAUGUUAACCCUCUUGACUAAUCGCUUAUCAUGACAUUUAAAGUAUUGUUCAUUCAGUGUUACGUUUAAGUGAUUUGUGAAA